AUGUCGAAACUGGAUCAACUUCCUAAAGAUUUCAUAGAAACAUUCUCUCGACACGUUAAAUAUGUGAAGUUUAUUGGUAUUGAUAUUUUUAAUGAAUCUCGAUCUCGCUUUUUAAAAAGAUUUGGGAGGCUAAUUUUAUUUUACAUUAUGCUCGUAUCGACAGUUCUCGGUCAAUAUUUGUAUAUAUUUUUGGCAAAUACUAAAGGUGCAAGCGUUUUGGAUAUUAUAAAUGCAAUACCUGGGACUUUGAUGGCAUCUCAAGAUAUUGUUAAAAUGAGCAUAAUAGCAGCGAAACGAAAUGGCAUACGAGAAAUUAUUUUGGAGAUAGCUGAACUGUGGCCAACAGACAACGACGAUGAGAAAUUUAAAAUUCUUAACAUCUGGACCUCUCGUUUAAGGAUUUUCCAACGAUGUGGAAGUGUACAUAUAUGUAUUUACAUAGCGAGCGAUUUUAUUCUUACAUCGCUUACAUUUGAUGUAAGUGGACUGUUAGCUGUACUGCAGAAGGAUCUAGAAAAUUUAAAGCCCCUUGAUGGUGCGCUAUCGGAUGAUUGUUCUGAUAUUAAAGUCAUUGUAAAGAGCCACCAAAAGUUACUUAGAGUUGUUGAGAAUAUUAAUAACAUUUUUGGACCGUUAUUAUUCGCACAGGUUACUUUUUCGUCGAUUAUUAUUUGCUGUUUUGGAUUUCUUACUAUAAUGAUUAAGAGUUAUUCCUACUUUUAGGUUGGAAAAGACAUGAUUAAAAGUCUGCUUGCAACAUUUGGCAUUAUACUGGCUAUGUUUAACUUUUGUUGGUCGGGACAAUUGUUAUCUGAUGCUAGUUCUGAUAUAGCUGAAGCUGCAUACAACAGUGUAUGGUACAAGAGAAGCAAUAAAUUUCGGAAAUUUAUUCAGAUUAUCAUAGCAAGAGCUCAAGAACCAUGUAUGUUAUCAGCUUUGGGUUUCUCUAAUGUGACCCUAGCAACGCUAUCGAAGAUCUUGAGCACCUCCUGGUCAUAUCUCUCGCUGUUGAAUCAGAUGUACAAGGAUACUGAUAUUUCGGAAAAUUAA